ACGUGUAUCGAUAUCAGUCUAGCGCUGUCAAUUAUUUACCUAUAUAUAUAUAUUUUGUCUCCCCAAAUUUAUAAAUUUAAACGCCCAAAAACAAUUGUACACAAUAUUGCAAAGUGUACGAACGAGAGAAAAAAACGCAUACAAAUGCUCGCCAAGCAUUGAUGAGCCGCAACGAACGCAGUGGAACGCCAAAAAAAUACAAAUGAAGGAGGCGGAGAGCUGCUGCGGCUCCAUUGACAACCCAACCCAAAAAGCAUAAGCGAGAGGAGUACAUACAUGUAAAAAGUAAAAAGUAGAAAGAAAGAAAAAAAAAGGGAAAAAUACACGAAAAUUUGAGAGAGUGUGUGCAGCGAAAAAGUGCAGACUAUAAAUAUAUAAAUAUAGCUGAUAAUCAAUUUGGAAAAAUUGGUAACAAAUUGAAAUUCAGCAACAAUGGAUACAGAGAGACCAAAUAGCCAAGAGACAAAAGUCAUUUAUCAUAUUGACGAUGAGAGCACACCGUAUCUGGUUAAAAUACUGAUACCAUCCGCUCAAGUCACGCUCAAAGACUUUAAAAUGGUGCUCAACAAACAGAACAACAAUUACAAAUAUUUCUUUAAGUCAAUGGAUGCCGAUUUUGGUGUGGUCAAAGAGGAAAUUGCGGACGAUGCCACAAUACUGCCUUGCUUCAAUGGACGCGUCGUCUCUUGGCUGGUCUCGGCCGAUGGCACCAAUCAGUCUGACAAUUGCUCUGAGCUGCCGCCCAGCGAAUGUGAGAUGCGUGUGCGUAGUCAUUUGGCGCUGCAGCAGCAGCAGCAGCAACAACAGCAGCAACAGCAACACCAGCAGCAGCAGCAACACCAACAACAGCAACACCAACAGCAGCAACAGCUACAGCAGCAACAGCAACAACAGCAGCAACAACAUAAGCUAGGACCACUGCAAAUGCUGCAGCCGCCGCCACUCACAUAUCAAUCGGCCUCGGUGCUGUCGAGCGAUUUGGACUCGACAAGUCUGUUUGGCACCGAAUCGGAGCUGACUUUGGAUCGGGAUAUGACCGACUAUAGCAGCGUUCAACGGUUGCAGGUGCGCAAGAAGCCGCAACGUCGCAAAAAGCGGGCGCCCAGCAUGUCCCGCACUUCGUCGUACAGCUCCAUUACGGACUCAACCAUGUCGCUGAACAUUAUAACCGUCUCGAUUAACAUGGAGGCGGUCAACUUUCUGGGCAUAUCCAUUGUUGGGCAAUCAAAUCGCGGCGGCGAUGGCGGCAUCUAUGUGGGCAGCAUCAUGAAGGGCGGCGCUGUUGCUCUCGACGGCCGAAUCGAGCCGGGCGACAUGAUCUUGCAGGUGAACGAUGUUAACUUUGAGAAUAUGACCAAUGAUGAGGCGGUGCGUGUGCUGCGCGAGGUGGUGCAGAAGCCGGGGCCCAUCAAAUUGGUGGUGGCCAAAUGCUGGGAUCCAAAUCCAAAGGGCUACUUUACCAUACCACGGACGGAGCCGGUCCGGCCAAUUGAUCCUGGCGCUUGGGUGGCGCACACACAGGCGCUAACCUCGCAUGACAGUAUUAUGGCUGAUAUACCGGAACCCAUUAAGGAGCGGCUCGAUCAGAACAAUCUCGAGGAGAUUGUGAAGGCCAUGACAAAGCCGGAUAGCGGCCUCGAGAUACGCGAUCGCAUGUGGCUUAAGAUCACCAUACCAAAUGCGUUCAUUGGCGCCGAUGCGGUCAAUUGGGUGCUGGAGAACGUCGAGGAUGUGCAGGAUCGUCGGGAGGCGCGCCGCAUUGUCUCCGCGAUGCUGCGCAACAAUUAUAUUAAGCACACGGUCAACAAGCUGACCUUCUCCGAGCAGUGCUACUAUGUGGUCAACGAGGAGCGCAAUCCAAAUAUGCGUGCCCAAAUGCAUCCGUUAGCGCAUGCAUUGAGCCAUGCCGAUACGGAGAGCAUUACCAGCGAUAUUGGGCCGCUGCCAAAUCCGCCGAUCUAUAUGCCAUACUCGGCCACGUACAAUCCAAGUCACGGCUAUCAGCCGAUACAGUACGGUAUCGCCGAGCGCCACAUCUCGUCCGGUUCGAGCAGUUCCGAUGUGCUUACCAGCAAGGAUAUAUCCGCAUCGCAAAGCGACAUCACCUCUGUCAUACAUCAGACCAAUCAACUGACCAUCGCUGCCCAUGGCUCCAACAAAUCGUCGGGAUCAUCGAAUCGCGGCGGCGGCGGCGGUGGCGGCGGCGGUGGCAAUACCAACGAUCAGGACGUAUCCGUAUUUAAUUACGUAUUGUAGAAAUUUUUUGCAAUGAAAUUGUGUGUUUAUUAUUAAUUAAUUAAUUAAUAUAAUUAUUCUUUUUAUACAUAUACGAGUAUACAACAAA